UAAGCUUGGAUUUACUUAUGAUUGGAUUCAUCUAAGAAAGCUGUACCGCGCACAUACAGGAAGGAUUGUCUAAGGAGUGAUUUGUUCGAGGAUUCAAGCUGUGCCCGCCUCCUCCCCUCCUAUUGGACCGGAGGAUUAGAGGGAUCAUCAGACAGAUUUGCAACGGUUUGCAAAGCUUGACUUGCUGGAUGCUUAGCCAUCGACGAGCAUUUUCUUGUUAGUGCUAUCAGAGGAAUUCCUGCUAUUUGGACUGUGAAAUUAAGACGGGAGUUGGGGCAAAAAUUGGAACAUGUCUCGCUCGGGACCCGCGAAAGCAGAGGAGGACUUCUGACUCCACAUCUUUCGGCAACCUGCGCGCCUGGGACACAGGAGAAAGCGGAACGAGGAGCCCGCCGAGGAAGGGAUGUCGCGAUGUUGUGCAGCAGGAGGACUAAAACUUUGGUAUCGACAUGCGUGAUUCUGAGCGGCUUGACCAACAUCGUGUGUCUCCUCUACGUCGGCUGGAUCACCAACUUCGUGGCGAACAGUAGUCCUAAAGUUGCGGAGACGAGCGUCGAGGUGGAGAGAAAGUUGGACGAGGACAGCAAAGGAGAGACCCUGAGGAUAAUGGAGAGGCUGGACAAGCUGGAGAGCGUCGUCAACGAGCACAUCAAAGAUAAACCCCAGAAGGAAGGUGAAGAUGCAUCAUCCUCAUUAGCCUCAGAUCCCAGCUCCUCACUGUUUGAUCACUGGGGUCAUGACCUGGGCCCAGGGAGUCGAAAGGUUGCCAUCAAAAAGUUUCGGUAUUAUGGUUACAACAGCUACCUCAGUGACCGGCUGUCCAUCACCCGGCCAAUCCCAGAUUUUCGCCCUGACGGAUGUAAAAACUUGUGGUAUUCUUCCGACCUUCCUCAGCUGAGUAUCAUCUUCAUCUUUGUCAAUGAGGCCUUGUCAGUGUUGCUGCGCUCUGUACACACAGCCAUCCUGAGAACUCCAUCACAUUUACUCAAGGAAAUUAUACUGGUGGACGACCACAGCACCAACAUGGAACUAAAAGAGCACCUUCAAAGUUUUGUAGACGAGAUGAAUGCUCAACAUGGACCUGAGUUCAUCAAAGUGGUCCAUCACCAGAAACAGGAAGGCUUGAUCAGAUCCAGAGUGAGUGGGUGGAGGGUUGCUUCAGCAGCUGUGGUUGCUUUUUUUGAUGCACAUGUGGAAUUUAACACUGGGUGGGCAGAGCCAGUUCUUCAGCGAAUAAAGGAAAACCGGACUCGGGUGGUGUCGCCUUCUUUCGACAACAUUAAAUAUGACACAUUUGAGAUGGAAGAGUACCCGCUGUCUGCUCAGGGCUUCGACUGGGAGCUUUGGUGUCGGUACCUCAACCCACCCAAAUCCUGGUGGACACUGCGCAACCACACAGCUCCUAUCCGGAGUCCCGCUCUGAUUGGAUGCUUCGUAGUUGACAGGAAGUACUUUGAGGAAAUUGGCCUAUUAGAUGAGGGCAUGGAUGUUUAUGGUGGGGAGAAUGUGGAGCUUGGUAUCAGGGUAUGGUUGUGUGGUGGAAGCGUUGAGGUCCUUCCCUGCUCUAGGAUUGCGCACAUCGAAAGAGCUCACAAGCCUUACACAGAAAACCUGACAGCACUUGUGCGUCGCAAUGCUUUAAGAGUGGCUGAGGUCUGGAUGGACGGCUAUAAGAAUCAUGUCUACAUGGCUUGGAAUGUUCCAUUUCAGAACUCAGGAAUAAAUAUUGGGGACAUCUCUGAGAGAAAGGCCCUGCGAUCCAGACUCAAGUGCCAGCCAUUCAGCUGGUUCCUUGUCAAUAUCUACCCUGAGCUUCGAUCGUACAACAACACAGUUGCUUAUGGAGUGCUGAAGAAUAGUCUAAGGAAUGACCUGUGUUUGGACCAAGGACCCAACACUGACAACAUUCCAAUCAUGUAUCUCUGUCAUGGUAUGACAGCACAGAAUGUGUAUUACACCAGUUCCCAGCAGCUUCAUCUCGGAGUUCUCAGUCCAACUAUCGAUGAUGAUGACAAUAAGUGUUUGGUGGACGUGAAUAGCAAACCAAGAUUGCUGGAAUGCGCCUAUGCAGCCACCAAGCACAUGAAGUUGACCUGGACUUUCACUACGGACGGUUCCCUCCAGAACACAGAGUCUCAGCGCUGUCUGGAAAUGGUGAAAAGCAGUCAGUCAGAAUUUAGUUACCAGCUGGCCGUUCAAGACUGCAGUGGACAAAAAUGGACAAUCACUAACGUACUAACCGUCCUGCCCCAGUGAACAUACUAUAAAUUGUGACACUUUUCCUAUUUUGGACAAAGAAAGACUUGAUCACAUGCUGCAAAACAAUUUGCUACAAUGAAACCCAAAAAUGGACAGCUGUGGUUUACAUUGAGUACAUUCAAGUUGUGCUCAAAACAACUCAUGUGCAUAUUUUUUAUAAGCUGGAAAAUACAUUACAGUACGUGUCCGGAAACAAGCUUUGAUCUGAGAUGUAUUUUUAAUGAGACUCUGCUAAAGAAAAUUAUUCCAUCAAAAACAGCAUUAGUUCCCUACAACCAUUUUUUACCAAUGCCUCAAGAGAGCCACAAAACUCCCCAUUCUACAGUAGGGGAUAAGAAGUAUAAUUUCACAUUCCAGGGAACAGACUCAUAAAAUCAUGUAACACUUUUGGUUAUUGCAAAAACUGCUUGAAAUAAAAUUUGGACUCUGACCUCAUUUGGAGAAUCUAUGCUACCACUAUCAUAUCAACUACAACAAAUUCAAUAAGAAUGGUUCUAAUAUGCUUGUGGGUAGAAGGCAAACUGUUCUCAUGAGCAGUUUGUGAGGUAUCCAGUUUAGCAUAACUAUUUUGUCGAUGAUAUCCACCAUUUCUAUGGCCUUCUUCAAAAACCAGUAGUAAAACACUCCAAAACAAAUGUGUUACCUGGAACUACUUUGAGUGAUGACAGCAGAACUGUCGUCCUUAAAGCGGAAGUUCACAAUUUUUUACAUGAGGCUUAAUCUUGGCGGAGUUGAUUUCAACAAAUUUCGAGCAGUUUGUUAGUUAUUCAUUAAUUUGAGGGCUCCGAGUGGCUAAGCUAACGCGAGUCAAUGGUCCCUUCCUAGCAUGCCACUAAAAAAAAAAAAACUAUAUUAACAGAUCUAACAUAGUCAAAUAAAUUCAAAAUGCAGAUCAUUGUUCAAAAUACCCAUGCGGCCAAUAUAAUGUCACACCAAACUGCCGUAAUUCAUUUUUUUCGGGACUGUUUUUUAGAUGCGUAAUGCGACCACAAUAGAGAAGAGUGCUUCACUCGUGCUCAUGCUGCAUUCGAGGAAGGUGGGAAGUCGGACUCAUCCCACUCCUAUGGUACCAGUUGCGAUCUCAAGGCGUUCCAAGCGUUUUUUAUUUGGCCAUCAAUAGACAUGUUGACCUCCAGCAAAGCUGCCUUCUCGUAAGCAAAUAAUAGAGAAAAACGACGGCUAAGGUAAAUGGCGGAAAAUUUUCAAGUCACUUCAAGUUCCGCUCUGAGACCCCCAAUUUGGCAUAGUUUCAAAAUUGUCCUGUAUGCAUGUGUGAUACAUCAUUGGAAAGCUUAAAAUCUCAAUUUUUGGGGGGAAGAAAAAUUUUGUCUUGAUGCACGCAGGCUCCUGACUAUAAGCUUUUAGUAGCUUCUUAAGGAGACCUGACUCACACAUAAUCUUGGCUCAGCACUAUGAUAUGAUGUACACUUUGUAAAUAGGAAUGUGUGUGUGAAUAAAUUCAACUGAAUUGAAAAACAGGAGGACAUUUAAAAAAAAAAAAAAGAAAAUUAAACCCCUAAACCCUAACUCGAGGUGAGAGCAUGAGAGAGCAUAAUUAAAGGGCAACUGAAGAGCUUUCCGGAUUUUGGUGUAAUUUUACGAAUAUAAACUUUGGACGACUUCGUCAAAACAACCAUGACAUCAUCAACACGUAAUUGCAAGGAUAAUUUGCGUUUUGCGUUGCAACAGAAGACUAGUAUCCGCAGCUAGCAUAGCAGCAACGACUAUAUCAGUGAUAUUUCCACCAAAGGUAACCAUUUAGGAUCGCUCUUUCGUGACGCUACCGAUGGCAAAGGCUCCCAGGAAAGAUGAUCUACAAUUAAUCCCUACAUGUUUGAACCUGAGGUGCCAGAUGACGACGAUUGACUUGACACAGCAGAUGUCGUCACUCUUCAAAUAGGCAGACCUUGAUGUUGAUGCUGUAGUACAAUAGUCAUUGUUUUAUUGAGAUGUAUUUGAUACAUUAGGGCCUGGCAGGUGGAUUGUUUUAUAUUUAGGUAAUAUAUUUAUAUUUAGGCUUUAUAUUGACCCUGUGACAGGCCAAAAAACAACGAGCCAAGGACGUAUUUGGUGCUGGGGACAUUUGAAUUUACAUAAUACCUAUUGAUAUAGUAAUAAAAUCACAUGAGUAGACGACCUGUCAGCAAACCUAUCUACUUAUGACAGGCUAACAGCAAACAAAAAAAAUGUCGCACUUCAACAAACAGGCAGUAGGAGUCCCCCUCGUUUAUCAAGAAAAGCCAGUAAUGGUCUAUUUAAAACCAAGGUUGCAUUGUUGUAGGUUUUCAAAGCUGUUGUCGCUGAAAUGAUGAAAACAAUGAGCCGAUUGGGGGCCUGUAUGCAUGCUCACAAAAACGGUCCAAACCUUUGCAGGAGAAGUUUUUUUGGACCACUCAUAGAGUCUCGAGUCUUCCUGUGAGCAAUUCAUCACUACACAUCGAGAUGGCAUGACGAAUCUCGCGAGUAAAGUUGAACACGUUUAGUUGUUGAGUUGAACACGUUUAUUUCGAAUACUUAAUACAUAGGUACCGAUAAUCGGUGACAAUAAUGGGGAAAAAAAGAAAAAACAAAAUAUGAGUAUUCGAAAAGGAGUGAGAAGAAGUAAAAACUUAUUUACUCCCACCCCUUGUCCUUAAGUCCUGACAUAUCAGUUCCAUUCCUUACAUUUAAAUAUAUACAUUCUUGUUUAACACAUAUACAAUCUCACCAUAUAACCCUGCAUAUGACCUAUACACAAAUGUUGCAAAAGCCCAGAAAACAUGAAUAAAUGACAGCAAUGUCCCAUAUCCCAAUAACCACAACACCCUAGUUAUUAUCCAUAUUUCCAUCAUCCUUAUAUUUCUUGAAAAUCAUAUCUUUAUACAGUUUCUUAAAUUGUCCAAUAUUUAUACAUUGUUUUAAAUCCACAUGAAAUUUCUUCAGUAGUCUCACCCCACAUACUGAUAUGCAAAAACUUUUCCUUGUCGUCCGAAAUCUGGGUUCUUUGAAGUCCCUAGAUCCCCGUAAAUUGUAACUUGUUUCGUAGUUUGUAAACAACUGCUGAAUAUUCUGAGGUAAUAAAUUUCUUAGAGCUUUGAACAUUAUUUGUGCUGUUUGGUAUUGUACGAUAUCCGAAAGCUUGAGCAAUUUUGACUUAUGAAAUAGUGUGUUUGUAUGAUCCUGAUAACCAGCUUUGUGUAUGAUCCGUAAUGCCCUUUUCUGCAGUACAUUUACUGAAUAUAGCGAAGUUUUAUAAUUAUUGCCCCAUACUUCGGCACUGUAUUGCAAGUAAGGAGAGACUAGUGAACCAUAUAGGGUGUGGAGUGAUUUGGAAUCUAAUACCCUCUUUGCUUUAUUUAUUAUUGCAAUAUUCCACGAAAUUUUGCCCUGUAUGUGUUUGAUAUGUUGUUUCCAGUUAAGUUUUUCAUCAAUAAUUACCCCCAAAAACCCGAUUUCAUGUACUCUCUCAAUUUCUAUCCCAUCUACUAUUAUCUUCAACUGUGCAUCGUUUUUACAGUUCCCAAAUAAUAUUAUUUUUGUCUUCUCUAAAUUUAAUGAUAAUUUAUUAUUACUAAAUCAUAUUUUUAAUUUGUUCAUUUCUGUUGUUCUGUUGUUAUUUCCCCCUGCAAUUGUAAUAUGUUAGUAGCUCUCAUAAUAUUAGUCAACUUAUUUUUAUAUUUCUUGUAUUUCUGUUCAGACUCUGUAGUCCUCUCUCUAAUGAAAUCUCUAUAAAGAUAAUUCUUCUUUUUACAUGCAUUUUUUAAUCCUGUUGACAUCCAUGGGCAAUUACCAUAGGCAUGUUUUUUAUUGUGUUCCUUAAUUGGGCAAUGUUUGUCAUAUAAUAGCAUAAAUAUUUCUAGAAAUUCAUUAUAUGCUUGGUUAACAUUGUUGCCGUUAUAUAUGUUUUCCCAGUUUUGAUCCAUCAAUUCAUUUCUCAACGAAUUUAAGGAUUCCUCCGUCUUCACUCGUCUGCGUUCUGUUUUUUCCUCUUUUUUCCUUCCAAGUUUUAUAUUGCUUAUUGUAAAGACCGGGAGAUGAUCACUUAUAUCAUUUAUCAAUAAUCCACUAUUUGCUUUAUCAUCAAUAUUGUUUGUGAAAAUAUUGUCAAUAAGCGUAGCAGAUGUAGAUGUAAUUCUACUUGGCCUAGUGAUUCUUGGGAAAAAACUCAUGCUGUACAUUGUUUCAAUAAAGUCAGUUGUAGCUUUGUGACUAUUAGAAUUUAAGAGAUCAAUGUUCCAAUCUGCACAUAUAAAAACCAUUUUGCUACCUAUAUUUGAAAACAUCCUUUCCAUCCAUUCACUGAAAGCAGCAAUAUUUGAGUCUGGUGUCCUGUAUAUACAGCUAACAAUAAUAUUUCUUGAAUUCUUACAUAUUUCAAUAGAUAAGCAUUCAAGAGCAUUAUCCACCACAGUUGUCAUUUGUUCAAUGACUUUGAAGUCUAAUGCUUCAUCAAUGUAUAUAGCCACUCCUCCACCACCUUUGUUUUUUCUGUUUUUAUAUAUGAAUUCAUAUCCCUCCAUUUGAAAGUCUGUUCCUUUUUCAGUAUUAAUCCAUGUUUCUGAAAUUGCAAUAAUAUCAAAAUGUUCUGUAAAAGUAUUCAAAUAGUCCUUAAUUUUCUUGAAAUUUGCAUACAAGCUUCUACUGUUGAAAUGAAUAAUUGAUAACUUUCCCAUAUGUUUAAUGACCUUGUUAUAUUGUUCAUCUGUAUAAUAGCAGCAGUUUUUGUCAGUGGGAAAGAAAAAAUUACUGUCCGGAUCUAUGUCCUGUUCUAAAUCCAAAUUGUGGUGGUCAGUGUACUCAAAACUUUUCAGUUUCUGUUCCCCGCUGUUUUGUAUUAUCUGUGUUAGUUGGUUCCUAUCCCCCGAUCCAUAAUAAGUUCUAGCCAAUUGUGAAGUCAUGGUUGUGUUACGUUUGCUACCUCCGUAUCCAGUCCAGUCUUGAUCAGCUCCAUCCUAUGUUGACACUGCAAUCCGUUGACGUUUAUGAAUAUUUCUCCAGUUCAGUGAUAUUUCGUAUGCAGAUUACUCUUGCUUCUUCAGGGGUCCCGUUCAAUUUUAUAUAUACUUUGCAACUUGAAGUCCACGUGUUUUGUAUUUUCCUCUUUUUUUUAAGUUGUCGCGCUUUCCAGGCUAUAUCCGAGUUAUGUUUGGUUAGGUGCUCAUUGACGAAGACAUCCGUUCCCUUCAGCUUUCUUCCUUGUUUCAAUAGGGCGAUUUUGUAUUUUCUGUUUGUGAACCGAAGUAGUACAGCUGGCUUCUCACCAUCUUUUCUCCUGGGCAGAGGGUGGCAGGCCUCAAUGUUAUUGUGGUCCAGUUCGAUCCCUUUGGACCAUAGGAAUUCAGCCACCUGUUUCUCCGUGGAGCUAUUAUCCAGCUCAGCGGGCUCUCCCCCUUCGCUCUCCGCUGCCGCCGCCCGCGCAUACAACCUCGGUUUGAUUUUAAGACCAGUCACAAUAACGUCAUUCAUUCUGGUGUACUGUUCAAGGUCUGCGACACGGCUUUCCAGAUGUUGAAUACGCUUGUCUUUCUCAGCAUUUUGUAUUCUCAGCUGCAUUACUUCCCCGACCAAAUCCAUAAUAGUUUUCUGCUUUUGCCGAACUGCACUGAGUUCCUCCGUUAUGAAGUUGAGAGACUGCUUGAUCUCCUCAAUUUCAUCCAUUGACGGGACUUUUUUCGGCGGCAUUUUAAUGCAAAAUGGGCCACGCCGAGUUAUUCAGUGUCUAUCGGGCAAGAAGUGGAGUUCCCACGCUGUCAAGCGCUUUAGCUGACAGGCCGUUUUGCUAGCAAGUCUCGUUACCGUGCUCCAGAGUAAGCUAGCUAAAACCCAGAAAAUGUUUGCAAUAUAUGGCGAGGAUAGCGUGGUGCUAUAUUUCCGUGUUCAGAGUGGUGGCGAGGCUCCCUGGAAUUUACGUCAUCAGGUAGCGGUCAGCAGGGCGGCGAGUCCCUCGUUGCUAUGGUGUUGCUAUGGCCAUAACUCAAAAACAACGCGGUCAAUUAUUUUUAUUAUUAUUAUUUUUUAAUGUGACUUUUUGAGACAGCGAAUGAUGCAUUUUAUACAAUUCAACUUAGUAAAACACUCGAGCGAAAUCCGAAAAGCUCUUCAGUUGCCUUUUAAAGACACCAUGAUAACGAGAUCUUAUCGGGUACUUACCUUGUUUCGAUCGAAAAACGCAAUGUAGCAUGUCUCACCAAGUGUCAAGGCACGGCUUUGUAUGGCCACAGCCAAACUUUUUGGGGAUGUUACUGUAUGUGUGAAACAUAUAACAAGGGUCGCAAUGCAGACAUCGCAGACAUCAAGGACUGGUCGAGAAUUUCUUUUUCCUUUGAAGCGUUUUUUUGUUUUUUUCUUUUUUUUGUUUGGACCAAUUAUUUAUCAUUUAAAAUAUCGGGGAAAAUGCGACAGUAACAAAAAAAAUACAAUUAACUUUUAACUAAU